AUGCGUGAGUACAAGAUCGUAGUGUUAGGUAGCGGUGGAGUAGGAAAAUCGGCAUUGACGGUUCAAUUCGUACAAGGAAUUUUUGUGGAAAAAUACGAUCCUACCAUUGAGGAUAGCUAUAGGAAGCAAGUGGAAGUUGACGGGCAGCAGUGUAUGUUGGAGAUUCUUGACACAGCUGGAACGGAACAGUUCACUGCGAUGCGAGAUCUUUACAUGAAGAAUGGCCAGGGAUUCGUUCUAGUCUACUCUAUCACAGCACAGUCAACGUUUAACGAUUUGAUGGACUUACGCGAUCAAAUACUUCGAGUCAAAGACACUGAUGAGGUUCCAAUGAUUCUGGUCGGUAACAAAUGUGAUCUUGAAGACGAGCGUGUCGUUGGUAAGGACCAGGGUCAGAAUCUUGCGCGUCAGUUUGGCUCAGCUUUCCUAGAGACGUCAGCAAAAGCCAAAAUUAACGUUAGCGAGGUGUUCUACGACUUGAUUCGGCAAAUCAACCGUCGUUAUCCCGAAAGCGGUAAACGACAGGGACAGGGAUCGAAGAAAUGCUGUAAAUGCACAUUGAUGUGA